AUGGCCGGCAUUGGAGAAGCUGCUUCUAUCGCCAGCUUCAUAUCCUUGAGCUUCCAAUUGUUCGAUGGGUGCAUCAAAGGAUUUGUGCUACUUUCUACUGCUCAGGAGCUUGGAAGUAGAGGCGAUGUGCUUGCAUGUCAGCUAGAAUGGGAGCACUACUGCCUCCACAAAUGGGCGAGAACCGUGGGUUUAUUUAAAGAUCCACCGGAAUUGAAUGUCUCCAAUCCCAUGCUCGUUCACAAAACCCUUGCGAAUCUUGAACAGCUCCUGACCAACGCAGCGGAACUCAAGGAGAACUAUGGGCUUGAUAUCACCGUCACAGAGGAAGAGAUCAGAGAGUUACAAACCCCGAACCGUCGCUUUGGAUUUUUCUUAAAGAAGACAAAACCCCAAUUCAUCAAUGACACCGCGAAAGUGUACGCAAGACGGAACAAUGCUUGGAAAAAGGUCAAGUGGGGCGCGAUCGACUCGGACAGACUCAGAGUACUCCUGAAGGACAUCCGCUACUUCAACGAACAGCUUCUAAGUGUGCUGCACCCAUUAGACCAGGAAUCAAAUUAUAAUGAUGGAAAUACAGUGCUGCGAUCGAUUGUGGCUCAGAGCCCAGACAGAGCAUUGUUGGAUGCCAUGAGCGGACCCCUGGACAUGGUUGAUGGGGCUGUUGCUGCGGCUGCCAGACUAAGACACAAAGGACUCCUACUGGAGUUGAUUGGAUUGCCGAGCUGUGGGCCAUCUGGUACUUCUCAGCGUGCUAGAUCGACAACGAUGAUGUCCACCACACAUCAUAGAAGCUCGCUGCUGAAAGGGGCUAAGGACUUGCAGCAUAGCUCCGAUCUGCUUCUGCUCUGUCAGGGCCACGUCUCCGCGACGGUGUCUCGAGAAGUUGCACAAUAUGAUGGGAAUACCGUCAUCGUCGAAUGGAAGGAUGUGGCAAGUGCUGUCGAGUCCAAACUGAAAUAUCGCAUCAAGAAAGUCGCAGCGUUUCUAACAGAAAUGACAAACCCCGCCUUCCACUCUUUGACGUGUUUUGGCUUCCUCAAAGCACCCAAGUCAGGCCGGUACGCCUAUUUGUUUAGUCCUCCAAAAGCUUUGGGUACCGCCUUUUCCAUGUGGUCGUUAAAGGAACUCCUGUACCUAGCCUCUCAACGUCCGAGCCUCAACAACCGCUUAGGCAUUGCCAUUGUGUUGGCGGAAACGGUCCUUCAGCUCCACACAGCCGGCUGGCUGCACAAAGGCAUACGAGCAGACAAUAUCCUGAUCUUUAAAUCUGGCACGGAGCAAUGGAGCAGUAAGGACGACCUGUCAUCAGCUUAUCUUGGCGGCUACGAGUACGCAAGAGCAGACAAUCCACUCGAAACUACGGAGGCCCCCUCGUCACAGCCGCAUUCGGAGUUGUAUCGGCAUCCUAGAUCGCUGGGCCACGGGAGGGCUUCCUUUAACAAGAAAUUCGACUUGUACAGCCUUGGCUGCGUCCUGCUUGAAUUGGCUUUCUGGUUGCCUUUGCCGACAAUCUUGCUGCAACAAUUAAGAAGUCAAUCGGAUGAGAAAGACGCUACCUCACCUGCGGCGUCUUCUUUAGCCAUACUGGCGCCUAAGGAUGCCACGGAGUAUUACUCAAUGGUCAAAGAGAAACAGAGACUGUUGGAAGAGCGAGGAAGCUGCAGCAUUAGGGCUGAUCUUGAAUUCCAAAUGGGUAAGGUUUACAGCAAGCUCGUGAUGGAUUGCUUAAAUGCAGAGCCCAAUCCCAGCAACUCAGGAGAUGAGGAGUACGACGAUUCACUCGAUGUUCAGGAGACCAUUGUAUCCACGCUUCGAAAGCUAUUAGAGGUUGUGUAA